AUGGCGUGCGGGCUCGGAGACCUUCACGGCCUCUCAUCUCCAUUAUCUUUUGCCAGAAUUGGGAACCCACUCAUUGUGGAAGAGCCCUGGUUCUGGGGCUGUGGUCAGACCAACCUGUCCUGCAAGAUGGUGAAGGGGAAGCUGGUGGAGGCAGGCAAGUGGCCCUGGCAGGUGAGCAUCCUGUUCAUGGGCAUGUACAUCUGCAGUGGCUCCGUCAUCCACCACCAGUGGGUCCUCACAGCCGCGCACUGCCUGGAGAGGUCCCUGGAUGCCAGCAAAUACUCGGUGAUUGUGGGAGCCCAGCACCUCCCAGCAAAUGGCACUCAGCUCCCCCUCGUUCGACUGGUGACUCACGAGAAUUUCAAGGACCUCAUCUCUGAUGACAUUGCCCUCCUGAAGCUCAAGGACCCCAUCCUCUGGUCCCCCCUUGUCCAGCCCAUCUGCCUCCCGACCACCAAGCUCGUGCCACCUAUUGGAGCCUCAUGCUGGGCCAUUGUGUGGGGACGGCCAUCCGUGAAAGUGCCCCCAAGGCCCCCCUACAGUCUUCAGGAAGUUUCUGUCAAGAUAAUAAAAAGUGAGAUUUGCAAUCAGCAGUACCAGUUCCUCUUCCUGAAGGGCCAGAAGAAGUUCAUCGGGAAAGAGAUGCUGUGUGCCAGCUUAGAAUGGGGCGUAGACUCUUGUCAGGUUAACUCUGGCAGCUCCCUGGUCUGCCAAGUGAACAAGACGUGGGUCCAGAUGGGGGUGGAGAGCUGGAGCUUCAGCUGUAAGCAGCACCACUUCCCCAACAUCUACACCAGCACCUCCCACUUCACCCAAUGGAUCAAGCAGCAGAUCACGGACGUCAAGUUCAUCAGCAGGGCCCCCCCUGCCUUCCUGAGCCCUGUCCUGUGCACUGGCUACAUCCUGCUGGUCUCCUUGGGCUCCCUGUGGCUCCUGUGAGCAGCGUUUCCAGGGGUCAUUCCGGGAGCUGGAGCGAGGCUGCUUCUCCCUGCCCUCUGCCCGCCCUCAGAGAGGUGGGGCCUGGAG